AUGGUGGGGCGUGGCCUGUUUGAGGACCUAGUCACUCAGCGAAAGUUUGGUAGCUAAGGGUGUGGCGGGUGCCGGGGACAAGGCGGGGCUUAUAGUGUAGCGUCGCUGGGGGCGGGGCCCUGAUGGGUGUGUGAUCUUGGCAGGGGCGUGGCGUAGCGGGGCCAGGUGGGGCUCCGCUGGGCUGGCCAGGGCGUUUCCGUUGCACGGAGAGUACUGCCUGUCUCUCGGCGUGUGCAUCUGUCCUGCUCUCAACCGCAGCCUGCGCCCUACCUUCUGCAGCUCCAGCCUACUCCUGACCGACAGCAUCAUGGCUCUCAGAGGCACCGUGACUGACUUCUCUGGAUUCGACGGCAGGGCUGAUGCCGAAGUUCUUCGGAAGGCCAUGAAAGGCUUGGGCACCGACGAGGACAGCAUCCUGAACCUGUUGACAGCCCGGAGCAACGCUCAGCGCCAGCAGAUUGCUGAGGAGUUUAAGACUCUGUUUGGCAGGGACCUUGUGAAUGACAUGAAGUCUGAACUGACAGGAAAGUUUGAGAAGUUAAUUGUGGCUUUGAUGAAGCCCUCCCGGCUCUACGACGCCUACGAGCUGAAACACGCUCUUAAGGGAGCUGGGACAGAUGAGAAAGUGUUGACUGAAAUCAUUGCCUCAAGGACACCUGAAGAGCUCAGGGCCAUAAAACAAGUUUAUGAAGAAGAAUAUGGUUCCAACCUGGAAGAUGAUGUGGUGGGGGAUACCUCAGGGUACUACCAGAGGAUGUUGGUGGUCCUCCUUCAGGCCAAUAGAGACCCUGACACUGCAAUUGAUGAUGCUCAAGUUGAACUGGAUGCUCAGGCAUUGUUCCAGGCUGGAGAGCUGAAGUGGGGGACGGAUGAAGAAAAGUUCAUCACCAUCCUUGGGACACGCAGUGUGUCUCAUUUAAGAAGAGUGUUUGACAAGUACAUGACAAUAUCAGGAUUUCAGAUUGAGGAAACCAUUGACCGAGAGACCUCAGGGAACUUGGAGAACUUACUCCUGGCUGUCGUGAAGUCUAUUCGGAGCAUACCUGCCUACCUUGCAGAGACCCUCUACUAUGCUAUGAAGGGUGCUGGGACGGACGAUCACACCCUCAUCAGAGUCAUAGUGUCGAGGAGUGAGAUUGAUCUGUUUAACAUCAGGAAGGAGUUUAGGAAGAACUUCGCCACGUCCCUGUACUCUAUGAUCAAGGUAGAACUCUGGCUUACGUUAGAAACGCACUUACAUCAGUCCGUGCACUUAAGACAGUUUCACACACAAGCGUUAUGAGGGAAGUCUGAGGAAAGAAAGCAUGUGCUAGGCCUGCCUCUGAAGCAAAGCCACGGCAUGGGAGGCAUGCCCUUGUUAGCCCGAGAGAAACUGGGCAUCUGUUUGGAAAGCGUGAUGAUUUAACAUACUUGGAAAGGUUUCCUUGCCCUCCCCACUUCUCGAAGGAAGAACAUACUCCACUCCAUUAAGAGAACAGCCCUUGAGGGGUAAAAUUAGAAAGUUCAACUGGGCGGCAUUGGAAUUUCCCCAUGUGACAUUCCUGUCGUGAGAGUCAUGCAGAGAAGUUGCCCAGUCGGGAGGAAAGUCACAGGAACACUAGUCACGCUCAGCUCUUUCCUGAGCUGUGGCUUUUGUGAGUCAUGGAGUUGACAGAGCAUGUUUGGGUUCCAGGGCGACACAUCUGGAGACUAUAAGAAGGCCCUGCUGCUCCUCUGUGGAGGCGAGGAUGACUGAGGAGCUGCCUGGAGUGCCCUGGGCCCGCCUGCUGCCCACCAUCAGCUUCCUUCAGCACCACGCCUACUUACGUUCAAUGCCUGCCUGCCUGCCACGCUGCCUUACUCACACGAGUGUGUGCUAAUGACCAAAGCUGUCUCGAAUGAAAGCAGUGUUCUGCUGUUCUGUCUGACAUAGACCUUCCCACGUCUCUCAGUCUAGUAUCUCUAAGUUGCGUUUUCUAUCCUCUUCUAAAGCUUCAUUUAUAUUAAGUUAAUAACCAUAUUACCUUGAACGGAACCUUAGCCAUGAAAUUGUGAACUCUUGGAAGUGCUGUCAAUCAAGCUUAGUGCUCUAGCUGACCUGAAAAAUUAAGAUGGUCGUAAUAUCAGAAACGUUGCCGACAAAUAAACAUUCUCGUCCCUCCAAA